AGCCCAGAUGUUUAGGAGUUUGCUGAGAUUCUUCUGCCUUGGUGUCUUGACUGCCAAUCCAAGACUGAAGGACUCACAGAGAGCUGAGGACCAUGUCACCAAUUUGAAACACCUGCAGAGAGGACCUGAGAGCACACUGCUUACAGCAGACACCUGAAGCUGUGGUGGAUUUUUGAACCAUCGGAUAACCCUGGAGAGAUGCAGAAUACAGUGACCUAUGAUGAUGUGCAUAUUGGCUUCACUUGGGAAGAGUGGACUUUGCUGGAUCCUUCCCAGAAGAAUCUCUACAAAGAUGUCAUGCUGGAGACCUACAGAAACCUCGCUAUUAUAGGAUACAGUUGGGAAGACCAUAAUAUUGAAGAACAUUGUCAAAAUUCUAGAAGACAUGAAAGGCAUGAAAGAAGCCAAACUGGAAUGAAAACUUCUGUACAUACUCAAUGUAAUAAAACCUUUGCAUAUAAAAGUCAGCUUCAAAGGCAUGAAAGAAGACAUACUGGAGAGAAACCACAUGAAUCUAAUCAGUGUAAUAAAUCCUCUGCAUGUCACAAUAAUCUUCAAAGGCAUCAAAGAAGAUACACUGGAGAGAAAUGUUGUGAAGGUAAUCAGUGUGUUAAAACCUUUGUACAACACAGCCAUCUUCAAAUUCAUAAAAGAACACAUACUGGAAAGAAACCAUAUGAAUUUAAUCAAUGUGGUAAAGCCCUUGAACAUCAUGGUACUGUUAAACUGCAUAAAAGAACACAUACUAGAGAGAAACUCUAUGAAUGCAAUCAAUGUAGUAAAGCCUUUGCUCAACCCAUUACUCUUCAAAGGCAUAAAAGAACACAUACUGGAGAGAAACUCUAUGAAUGUAAUCAGUGUGGUAAAGCUUUUGCACUUCACAGUAAUCUUCAAAUGCAUGAAAGAACACAUACUGGAGAGAAACCCUUUGAAUGUAAUCAAUGCGGUAAGACAUUUACACAACAUGGUCAUCUACAAGUACAUAAAAGAACACAUACUGGAGAGAAACCCUAUGAAUGCAGUCAUUGUGGUAAAGCCUUUGGUCAUAACAGUACUCUUCAAAGGCAUGAAAGAACACAUACUGGAGAGAAACCCUAUGAAUGUAAUCAAUGUGGUAAAGCCUUUGCACGUCAGAGUCAUCUUCAAAUUCAUAAAAGUACACAUACUGGAGAGAAACCCUUUGAAUGUGAUCAGUGUGGUAAAGCCUUUGUACAACACAGUCGUCUUCAAGAACAUAAAAGAACACAUACUGGGGAGAAACUCUAUGAAUGUGAUCAAUGUGGUAAAACCUUUUUACAACACAGUCAUCUUCAAGGACAUAGAAGAACACAUACUGGCGAGAAACCGUAUAAAUGUAGUCAAUGUGAUAAAGCUUUUGCAUGUCAGGGUAGCCUGCAAAGCCAUAAAAGUACACAUACUGGAGAGAAACCCUAUGAAUGUAAGCAAUGUGGUAAAGCCUUUGGACGUUACAGUGAUCUUCACAGGCAUAAAAGAACACAUACUGGAGAGAAACCCUAUGAAUGUAAUCAGUGUGGUAAAGCCUUUACACGCCCCAGUACUCUUCAAAUGCAUAAAAGAACACAUACUGGAGAGAAACCCUAUGAAUGUACUCAGUGUGGUAAAGCUUUUGCACUUCACAGUAAUCUUCAAAUUCAUAAAAGAACGCAUACUGGAGAGAAACCCUAUGAAUGUAAUCAAUGUGGUAAAGCCUUUGCACAACAUAGUGAUCUACAAGAACAUAAAAGAACACAUACUGGAGAGAAACCCUAUGAAUGUAUUCAAUGUGGUAAAGCCUUUGGUCAUCGCAGUACUCUUCAAAAGCAUAAAAGAAUACAUACUGGAGAGAAACCCUAUGAAUGUGAUCAAUGUGGUAAAGGCUUUGCACGUCAGAGUCAUCUUCAAGUUCAUAGAAAAACACAUCACUCGAGAGAAAAUCUUUGAAUGUAAUCAACAUAAAGCCUUUGCACAACAGUCAUCUUCAAGAACAUAAAAGAACACAUACUGGGGAGAAACUAUUAAUGUAAUCAAUGUGAUAAAGGCUUUGCACAACACAGUCAUCUACAAGGACAUGAAAGAACAUAUUCUGGAGAGAAACUUUAUAAAUGUAAUAAAAGUCUUUGCACGUCAAAGUAGCCUGCAAAAACAUAAAAUUACACAUAUUGGAGAGAAACCCUAUGAAUAUAAUCAGUGUGGUAAAGCCUUUGCUUAUCAAAAUAUUUAAUUGCAUAAAAGAACACAUAGUGGAGACAAACUAUGAAUGCAAUCAAUGUGGUAAAACCUUUGCAUUUCAAAGUAACAUUCAAGUACAUAAAGAACACAUGCUGUAUAGAAACCCUAUGAAUGUACUCAAUGUGAUAAAUCCUAGUUACAACUCAGAGUAACCCUAUAACUGUAAAACUUUUAGUGUGUAAUUCAUCUCUUAAAGCCUUUGAAUAUAACAUAAGACUUUGAUGAUCUGACAAAACUCAUACCAAAGGGAAUCUGUAUAUUUAUAAGAAUUGGUAUGAUCUCCAGUCAAUAUAUUUACAUUCAAUUAUAAAAGAUUCAUUCUGGAGAAAAAAUUGACACAUGUAAAUCUAAGAAUUAUGAUGCCCCUCUUUAUUUUUAUAGCUGCAAUCUUAUAUGGACAAAAGGCCUAUGAACUUAAAUGAUAAAAUAACUCUUAGAUUUCAUACUUUUCUUCAUUCACAUGAAAUAAUGAAUCCAUGUUUAAAAGUUCAUAGAUUUGUAUUAUUGCUUUUUCUGUUGCUUUGAUAAAAUGUAAUGUCUAAGUGAACAAAGUGAACAAAGAGAUUUUAUUUGGCCCUUGGUUCCAGAGCAAUAUAUGAACCCUGUGAACGUGGCAUGGAUACAAGUGUCAGACAUGGCAGCUAAAGCAGGAGCCUAAGAAUUCAUAUUCUUUACCUGCACCAUGAAGCAGAAAGUAUAAAUUGGAAAUGGUAUGCAUAUAUAAUCUCUCGUGCCAACCCCCAGUGACAUAUUUCAUCCAGCAGGGCACCAUUUUCUAAAUCUUCCCAAAUGAUAUCACAGACUGAAAAUGAUUGAUUUCUAUGACUUCAAGCCUGCAUGCUUGCUUUCUGUUACAUAAACCAAUUCAUAAUGGAGAGAAACUCUGUAACCCUUUAGAUGCCUCAAAACCCAUGAUACUGAAAUUUCAGUAGAAAAACAUUCAUGAUUGAAAAAUA